AUGGUUCUGGAGAUAAACUUGGUGUCGGCUCAAGGCUUGAAGGUUUGUUCGAAGAGCAAGACUGAAACUUACGCAGUUGUUUGGGUUGAGGAUUCGUCCAAGAAGUUACGAACUCGCACGGAUUAUCUUGGAGGUAAAAACCCUACUUGGAACGACAAGUUCCUCUUCAGGGUUUCUUCCGAAUUUUUCAACAGCCCCACCGCGGCUUUCAAUGUGGAGAUUUACACCGUAGGGCAUCACAUAUUCAAGGACUCCCUGGUUGGCACGGCAAGAUGCCUUGUCAGUAACCUUCUCGGAAAGAUGAUCACCCCGGUCAACGUUCACCGCCCAUCCGGAAACUUCUAUGGGAUUUUGAACGUUUCGGCUUCACUUUGUGACGAGGGAGGCAUCGGUGUGGAUUCGGGUAUGUUUGCAGGAUCGUCAGGAUUCGGUUUUCAUGAUUUGAUGACUAACACUAAAGCUGAAGUAGAGGCUGAGGAGGGAAACAAGAGUUUGUUACAGAAGUUGAGGUUGGUUAGAUCGUCGCCGUCCUUGUCGACCAUGACCGUGCCAACCACUCAGUUGAAAGAAUUGAAUGAAGCUGCGACAAUGAGGAAAGUGAAAUCAGACUCGUCGCUGGCCACAAUGUUGAGGACUUUAGCAUUGUUUUCAACUCUGCCCGAAGACAUCCAAUUAUGA